AUGGAUGGUUUUGAUCAUCAUGUUGUGCCAUCUUUUUUUAUCUGCCCAAUAUCUCUUCAGGUCAUGAAAGAUCCAGUUACUAUAUCCACAGGCAUGACCUUUGAUCGAGAAAGCAUUCAGAAAUGGCUUUUCUCUUAUAAAAACAUCACUUGUCCUAUAACCAAACAACCCCUUUCUGAUUUCCGUCUCACCCCAAACUCUAAUCUUCUUCGCUUGAUCCAAUCGUGGCACUUGCAACACGCAUCAUCAUCAACAUCAUCAUUAACAAUAACAGCAAAGUUUGUGGAGCCUAAUCACGAUGCCUUGAUGAAAAUGCUUCUGGAAGAGAUUCAGCAGCCCCUUUUACAGGUAAAAUCUCUUAGAAAGAUGAAGUCAAUAAUCCAAGAGAAUCAUGGUGAUGAUAACAGGAUUAGUUGCAUUAGAGAUGAUGGCUUAUUUUCUCUGCUAGCAUCUCUAGUUGUCAAAACUGAGUUACCAGGGACACCACAGAUUACUGGUAAUGACACGCUGGUGACUAUCGCUGAAGCCGUGUCUUUGUUGUGUCUUUUGAGGCCGUCCGAUGAGACAUUAAGGAUGGUUUCAGAAAAAGAAAAUGGUCUACUAAUCUGUUCACUUUGUUCAAUAAUGACACAGUAUCUGAGCAAUCUACAGACUAGAAUUCAUGCUGCUCUUGUCCUAAAGCCCAUAUUCGAAGUGGUUGAUGGCAUUUACAAGGAAGGACUUAAAGUUGAGUUCUUUGAGAAUAUCUUUGAGAUAUUGAAGGACCAAAACUCAAAACAUGGAAGCAUGGCAGUCUUAGCUAUUUUAAUGGAAGUUUUGUCAUAUGGGAAGAACAAAGAGAAAGCUAUUAAGGGAGGACUCAUUCCGAUCCUGAUCGAAUUGCUAGCUGAAGAUAAUGAGAGGCGUGCGUGCGAGAUGAUGUUGGUCGUGCUAGAAAAACUGUGCCAGAAAGCAGAAGGGCGGGCGGCCUUUCUGACACAUCCAGCAGGCAUGGCAGCUGUGUUAUCAAAGAUUUUGAAGGUUUCCCAUGUCGGAGAUGAUAAAUCAAUAAGUUUGUUGUCAUGUGUUUUGAGAUUUUGUAUUAGGAGUGAGGCAGUCGCACAAGAAUUUAUGGAGGUGGGCGGAGUGACUAAGAUUUGCAUGGUGAUACAAAGUGAAUGCAAUUCAAAGACCAAGGAAAAAGCCAGGCAAAUUUUAGGGUUUCAUCUUAAAACAUGGAACAAAUCUCCUUGUUUCCCCUCUUCAUUCAAAGCUUGA